AUGGUGCUGGCCCCCCGCCCCUCCAGCCUGGGGCUCUGGCUGGGGCUCUGGCUGGCCCUGGCCAAAGGUGGGUCGGAGGCAGUAGCCAGCAGCUCCAGAGGCUACAGACCAUUGGCUUUUACAAAUCAGCCUGGAGUUUGUCACUACGGAACUAAGCUGGAGUGCUGUUUUGGCUGGAGAAAAAACAGCAAAGGAUACUGUGAAGCCAUUUGUGAACCUGUAUGCAAACAUGGUGAAUGUGUAGGACCCAACAAAUGCAAGUGUUUUCCAGGAUUUACAGGGAAAGCUUGUCACCAAGACAUGAACGAAUGCGGAUUGAAGCCACGUCCAUGCGAGCACAGAUGUAUGAACACGAACGGCAGCUACAAAUGCUACUGCCUCAACGGCUACACGCUCAUGGCAGACGGCACUUGUGCAAACUCUAGAACCUGUGCAAUGUCCAACUGCCAGUAUGGCUGUGAAGUCACCAAAGAGGAAGUGCGAUGUCUCUGCCCAUCACCUGGACUUCAGCUGGGACCAAAUGGAAGGACCUGCAUAGAUAUCGAUGAGUGUUCCACCGGCAAGGCCAUCUGCCCCUUCAACCGAAGAUGUGUCAACACUUUUGGGAGUUACUACUGCAAAUGCCAGAUUGGCUAUGAAUUGAAAUACAUCAACAGGCGGUAUGACUGUGUAGACAUAGAUGAAUGUACUGUGACUACCCAGGAGUGUAGCCUCCAUGCUCAGUGCUUCAACACCCAAGGGUCCUUCAAGUGCAAAUGUAAACAGGGAUACCGAGGCAAUGGAUUUGAAUGUUCUGUUAUCCCUGAAAAUUCUGUGAAGGAAGUCCUCAGGGUGCCUGGAGUUGUCAAAGACACAAUCAAGAAGUUGUUGGCACAUAAGAACAGUGAGAAAAGGAAUGAAGAGAUCAAGAAUGUGAUCCCAGAACCAACUAAUACACCUGCCCCUAAGGUUCACUUGCAACCAUUUGACUAUGAAGAUGGUACGUUCGUUGGUGGGAGCUUUGAUGGAAAGGACAAAGAGUCUGAGGAUCCUAGAAGAGAAGAGGAGGAGGAAAGAGAACAAGAUGACUUGGAGAACCAAGUAGAUCAUGAACAGAGCCUCAGAGGAGAUGUGUUUUUUCCUAAAGUUGAUGAAACAGCCGCCUUUGGUCCUCUCCUCAUCCACAGAAGAGAAUCGGCUUCCAAAUUAGCGCAAAAAGACUUCAACAUUUCACUUGACUGCACCUUCGAUCAAGGAAUAUGUGACUGGAAACAGGACCCAGAAGACGAUUUUGACUGGACUCUUGCAGAUCGAGAUAACGCCAACGGCUAUUACGUGGCAGUACCGGCGACUGUGGGACACAAGAAUGAUGUUGGCCGGCUGAAACUUCUCCUUACCAACCUCCAGCCCGAGAGUCGCUUCUGUUUGCUUUUUGACUACCUUCUUGCCGGGGACAGGGUCGGCAGCCUCCGAGUGUUCCUGGAGAGCGGCAACAACAUUCCUGCCUGGGAACAGACAGGCAGCAAAGAUGGAAGAUGGAGAACUGGAGCAGUGGAACUGCCGCAUGGAAUCGACAAAACCAAGCGGAUCAUUUUUGAAUCAGAACGUGGCGAGAGCAAAACUGGAGAAAUUGGAAUAGGUGCUGUCUUUCUGAUUUCAGGCUUCUGCCCUGAAGAUCUGUUAUCUGCGGACAUUUGAAACGGAUAUUUUAUAUUUUUAAUGUCUGACUUUAUGCUAGUACUGUACUGUUUCAUUGUGACCUAGAUAGCUAUUCAUCUUGGAAAAUCUUGAACCUAAUACGCAUGGAAAAAUCAGCAUGCUCUGAGGACAGUACCCUGGUUGAACUUACUCUUUGAUACACUCUGCUUUAAUUCUUGCUUUUAAUAUAGUACUACUGCAUUUUAUCAUUCUAAUCUAUUUCAGCGAGAAUGGAAAUGACUGUGGUGCUUUCAGGACAGGUGAUUUCUUUUUAUAAGCUGAUGAAUUUCCAUGUGAGACUUUUCCACUUUACGUAGGAACACUAAUAAGAAAUACUCAAGUGAAUUGUUUCACCCCUAAGGCUCGUCUGGGAGCUUGUGACUAUAUAGAUAUUUGAUACUAGAUUUUAACUUACGUGGUUUGUCCUGAUUUUGAGAGCAUGUUUUUAUCUUGAAAAUCCACCCUAAAUAAUCAUUUUGCUGUACCAUGCUUUAAUAUUUUCAUAUGUUGUGACUUUAUAGUCAGUUAUGUCUAUGAUUUUUUACUCUUAUGGAAAACUUUUUUUAAUUCAUGGGAAUACAUCUAUCUAAUUUCUAGCAAAAAAAGAGCAUAAGUGUUUUAUCCUCAUAUAGCCACUAUCAAAUUAAUGCAGGCCUACGUAUCUCCAGGUUACAAGAAAUCAGAGCAGGCAAAAGAAAUUAAGGAGAAAGACAAACAGAAAGUAAAUAAACUCUACCUCUGU